AAAAUGAGAGGCCAAUCGAAGCCAAAUAGGUGAAGCUAACGGCAUCGGCAAGCCACACGAUUAUCGUCUCACAUAUUUUUAUAUAUGAAUUCUUCUCAGUGGACACAUGGCCAUACAACAACUAACAUACCCUUUCAAUUCGAUUUCUCUUAAAAUGAGACUUUGGUGAAGUAUUCUUUUGGAUUUCAUAUUGAUUUGUUAAAAAGAUGAUGCCUGUUUGCUCUGCCACCCCAUGUUGUUCCUCUCAUCCUCAGCAGAUAUUUUUCCAUGGAGGUCUGCGACCUUUUUGUCCAUUCCGUAAUGAUUCUCAAUCCAGAUGUAUUGUAGAAGACAGAGUUGUUUUGGGCUUUCAGGAUGGAAUUCAUCUGCAAAGAAUUUCCUUUAAAACUCAAGCUGCAAAAUCAUUGUACUACAAUUUCAUUGAAAGAGAUGAACAAUCAGUGCCUAUGAAUUUCACUGGAAAUCCUUCCUGUGGAGAUGGAUCUGGUGACAUUAAGUGCAAUUUAUAUGAUGAUUGGGGUUCUUCGGUCGGAACAAUAAAUGAACUUGACCAGGGAGGGGAGAAAGUAGAAUAUGUAGAAAGUUAUAGCAUAUCUGAUGUAGAAGAAGGACUAAUGGACUUAACUAGCCAGCCAACUGAAAGUACAGAUAGUUUGACAAGGCCUAUGGAAUCUGAUAUUAUAUCGAAUAUCAUUAUAACACCAGAGAAUCCAAUCCCAGGAACCGACUCCAUGGGUGUGGAUAAUGAUUCAUUACCUAGUGUGAAGAUUAAUUUUGAUGAUUUUAUUGGUGGGAUUGGGGACUCCUUCAGUACUUCUGUCAAUAAGGGGCAAAAUGCAGUGAAUAACUCACUAGACACAGUUACUUCAUCAAUAACAUCCAUUGUGAAAAGUGCUUCUGAAGCAGUGGAUAAUGCCUUGAGUGGGAUAUUUUCAGCUGCAGAUCAAACAAGAGGAUUGGCUGGGAAUAGAUUGACUAGCUUUUCAAGUGACUUGAAGGAAGUCAUGAAGAAAGCAACAGUUAUUUCUGUUGAUGUGUUGAGAGAUAUAAUUAUUGCAGCGGAAGACUCUAUAAUGAAAGGGGCUUCUUUUGUUGUUUAUUCUUAUGGGUCUACCAAAGAACUGCUUCCUCCAGAGAUCAGGGUUGCUCUAAAUUUAUCUGAAGAUAAAGCAGGACAAAUAUUGAGGCCAAUCGUUACAUCUUUUCAACAGGUUUAUAUUGCUAUUGAGGGACUGGAGAAAAAUCUUGGUUUGGAUCCUAAUGAUCCAAUUGUUCCAUUCUUUCUUUUCAUUGGAACCUCGACCGCUCUUUGGGUUCUCUAUCGGGUGUGGACAUAUGGUGGGUACUCUGGAGAUUUAUCUCCUCAAUUAACUCUAGAGCUCUUGGCUGGGAGGGAGAAGGCUGUACUUAUUGAUGUUCGGCCCGAGGUUCUGAGAGAAAGAGAUGGCAUUCCUGAUCUACGGCGAGCAGCUCGGUUUCGCUAUGCAAGUGUAACUCUACCAGAGGUUGAUGAGCAACUACGAAAAUUGUUAAAGGGUGGCAGAGACGUUGACAACUCCUUAAUUGCAGCAGUUAUUCGGAACUUGAAAGUUGUUCAGGACAGGUCCAAGGUCAUAGUUAUGGAUGCUGAUGGUACCUCUUCCAAAGGCAUCGCAAGAGCCUUAAGGAAACUUGGAGUUAAGAGACCAUACUUGGUCCAAGGUGGCUUCCAGUCUUGGGUAAAACAAGGUCUCCGAUUCAAGGAACUUAAACCAGAGACAGCACUAACUUUACUGAAUGAGGAAGCUGAGGCAAUACUAGAAGAUCUUAGUCCUUCUCCAUUGCAAGUCCUUGGUUUUGGUGUGGGUUCUGUUGCAGUGUUCUAUGCAUUAUUAGAGUGGGAGAAGACAUUACAACUUAUUGCUGUUGUUGGCCUAGCUCAGAGUAUUUAUCGACGGGUUGCUUCAUACGAUGGCCCUGAAGAUUUUAGGGAAGAUGUGAGACGGUUGCUUGCUCCUGUGAGGCUUGGAGCUCAGGCAUUUUCAUGGGCUGCUGGAAAACUUGAAACCAAUGGCCUUAGACUCCCCACAUCGCCUUCAUCAGUAGAUGUUCAAAGCCGGGUGCUGCAAGCUGCUGCAAAACAUGAAUCUCAACCAUCCGAUACCGAAGGAGUUCAAAAUCCAUCCACCUCUGAAUCAGUGGCUCAAUAAAUGAGAACGUAGAUUUUUCCCAAGCAUAGACUGGAUUUUUGCUUGAUGGAUAUCGCUCGAAGAUUGUUGAACUUGGCAAAUCUUUACAAUGUAUAAAGAGUACUAAAUGCCCCCCCGGUGUCCGACCUCUUUGAAAACGAGUUUUGUACAUCAUAUCAAAUCAAGCAAGCAAGUUUGUAUAUUUCAUCAAUAAUAUAUUCCUCGUGAUAAGUGUAUAGACUUCCAGUCACAAUGAUACUUGUGUUCCUGCAAAUCAGCUGUUAAUUGAUAUGCACAAGCUAUUGGUAUUAUUUAAAACUUUUUAAAUAGAAAGAGAAUGUUCUUUUUA